AUGAUCGAACCACCACCAGGCCUCCCAGUGCCGCUCGCAAACCUCUCGCUAUGGCAACGUACCGUCUCCUCGCAUCCCCUACUCAACGCGCGCCAACACGAACCCCUCCCCGCUUCCGCUGACAUUGUGGUGAUCGGCGGGGGCCUGUGUGGUGCGGUGGUGGCGCAUGCUCUUCUGUUUCCCGACGAGCACCCCACUCCGGAGGCCGGCGCCACCCAGACCCCGGAGAGCGCGCCAGUAGGCAGCGUCGUGAUGCUGGAAGCGCGCGCCCUCGCAUCAGGCGCAAGUGGCCGGAACGCAGGCCACUGUCGACCCGACGCCGGGCGGGGCUUCCCGGGAUACGCAAAGAUCCAUGGAGAGGAGGAGGCGGUCCAUAUCCUCCGUAGCGAGGCUGUGGCUUUACAGCGUACGGGAGCGUUUAUACUCAAGAACGGGAUCGAAUGCGAGUGGACAGAACGCGACACGUACGACGUACAUCUCUCGGCGUCAUUCGCUGAACACUCGGCGAAAGCGUUGGAGGCAUAUGUCGCGGCUGGUGGGACGCCAGCGACUCACCUGAGCGCCGAGACGGAGACACGGAUGGGUUGUGUUGGGGCGACAAAGUGGCGCGCGGCUACGUUGAAUCCGGCCCAGCUGACGUUGGGCGUGAUUGGGCUAUGUGAGAGUGAUUCGCGAUUUAAAGCGUUCUCUCACGCACCUGUGUGGCAUGUCUCGAAGGAGGGAGACGGGUGGAUGGUGGAUGGGCCAAGAGGACAGGUGAGGGCCAACAAGGUGGUCUGGGCUACGAAUGCGUACCGCGGAUGUGCGGGGUUGGAGGGUUAUGUGCAGCCCCAGGGAGCCCAGGCGCACAAGUUGUCGCGCGCGCCAGCGGGCCGUGACGUCUUCCCGGACUUGGAGGGGAGUUACUCGCUCCGUCAGUCGACAGAGGUGUUUUAUUCGGUUGCCCCCCGCCCAGACGGGAGUAUAGUCCUCGGCGCGUCGCGCGGCUCAUGGCCCGCACCGCUCCUCGCCGCGAAUUUCGGGUGUACAAAUGACGCGGGAUGGCACGCCGCCGUCGCGUCCAAUGCGUUCCGUUCUUGGGUGGACAUGUAUCCCUCUGGCGGGUGGGUUGCUGGCGAACAAAAGGAUAUGGAGGCCGCCGCCCGCGUCCCAGGAACACAAGAUCGGCCCGACGACAACGGCACGGUCGGGCUCGAGUAUGCGUGGAAUGGGAUAAUCGGGGUGACGCAGGACAAUGUUCCGCUCGUUGGAGAAGUGGGAGGCGAGUAUGUUGCUGUGGGGUAUUGUGGACACGGCAUGGCGCGGAUGUUCGUCACGGGCCCGGCGCUCGCUCAUUACAUCCGUACGGGGGCGUGGGACAGGGCAAUGCCCAAGAGUUUCCGGGUGACUCCGGAACGAUUGGCGCGGCUGCGCGCGUAG